UGGUAUUAGGCCUCCAUGUUAUUGAGUUAAUGUUUUAAGUGUUCUUUGCUGAUUUUUCAAUUCAGGAUGUUGCUUUACUUAUACAAAUUUAUAAUUGAGCUUCUGAGAAACAUCAGUUUGGUUUCAUUCUCUAUAAGUUUUUUGUGAUUCGAUUCAUGCUUUAUCUACGAUUGAUCAUUCAUUGCAAUUUUCCUGUUGUUGAAUCAUUUAUUAUUCGUCUAGAAGAAUGUGCAAGAGUCCCCUUGUUGACAAUUAUUGUGAAAGGAAACAUUAUGAGAAAAUUAUAAGAUUAUUAUUCUUUUUUGGGGAGGGAACACAAUAUCGACAGAUUUAUUCUAACAUUAGGAGAGUGAAAGAGUCAUGUUUAGAUGUAGGUCCAAUUUCAUCACACUGGUAGACCAUCAACAAACUGUAGUGUAUCCUCAAGUACUAGAUAGAAUUUAUCAAUGUAGAAAGCAUAUUUUUCUCAAUGAUCUACCAGUCCAUGCCCUCUCUGUAGCCAAAAAUUUAAGGACCAUAAGCCAUUUUUGUUGCUGCAGUGAGGAGUGGUUACAUGGAAUAUUGAGACCAUAGGGUCCCACCCAUAUUCUGGGGAUGUAGGUGGUUGAUUAUUACUAAAUCCACCAUUGCAUCAUGUACUGAUAAUCAUGUUCCCAAACUACAAAUUUUUCAGAUGCAUCUUCUACAUCUCCCCUUAUUGAAACUUGUCUUUAAUCACCUCUGGCUGCACCAUUACUCUAUUGAACUUUGUCAAUCCUUCUGGGGGAGGACCCGGUCAGGGUGAGACUUAUGGGUGGGUGAUGGUCUUGCUCCAGGAAAGGCUUGGUAUUUUUCUGUUUCUACAAAUCCGCCGGAAGCAGUUUUCAUAUUCAUCAAUGAUUUCAAUGGUAUUACUUUCUAUAAAACUUUAUUUUGUACUACCAAAAGAAGUUCACAACAUUUGUUAGCACGUGCACUAGGCCAACCUUUAACCUCCCCCCACUCCCACCAAACAGAAAAAAAGGUGAAAGAAGAUAGGUUUUGCUAACCUACUUUUAGUUGCAUGCCCACUUAAGCUAUUAAAAAAAUACAUGCAAAUCCAUCUGUGAAAAAUAGAUAAACAAGCCACUGAUGUUAGAAUACAAGGAUGCAGGGGUAUGGGCCAAUAGAAAGGAUUAUGUUCAGUGUCAAGUUAAGUAGUUGAUACUUUAAAAAGCUCUCAUUAUUUAAACAAAACAUGCUUGAUCUUCCUGGGCCUUCUCAUGCACCAUAAUUAUCUCUAAAUUUCUUAAGUGGGCAAGGACAGUGUUAUGAAAUCUUGUAUCUUCCUCCAAUUUCCAUAUUAGACAUUUAUUUUCUGUCAUAAUAUGUUUGAUGGGUAGCUUCACUAGCUUGUUAGUUAAAUGGUCAGAAUCAAUCAGCUCUUCUCCUGCAGAGAUGGCUACACCUGUUACAUUUUUUGAAGGCCUUUGCACUUUCACUGUUGCAUUUUGGAAUUUCCACAUUUAUGUUCUUUAUUUUGGGUUUCUUCAUCUUCCCCUUAGUAUUAUAUGGCAUUUUUGGAUCUAUACUCUUGGUAUAAAAAGACAGGAGUCUCUGUCAGUUUUAAAAUUUAAAUGGUGAAGGUACCCCUUAUAUUACAGUUUCCCCUCAAUGACAGAUGUACGACUCUUCUGAACCCAGACUUGAACUAAAUUUAGGAUGUGACACAGCCUUAUAAAAUGAGUGAAAUAAAUAGGGAAUCUCAGAGAGAAAGGAAACAUAAGAAGGGGAAAAUGAGAAGUAUUUAGAUGAGGUAGGGGAGUGGAUACCAAGAGCCCUCGCACCAUUUUAACUGAAGGGAAAGUAUGUUUCCUAGCAUUGAGUGUAGGUUCAAGUUCCCUGAAUAAUGUAAAGGGAUGAGUUUAACAAGGCAGGAUAUUAAUGCACACACAACAAACUAUAGGCAUGAGGUGUAAAAGGCCUUUGGAUUCAGAAGCUUAAGAAGACAUGCCCCUGUUAUUAGAAGCAUAAGUUAUUUGGUGUAAAAGACCUGUUUGAAUUCAAUCAACUUGAGACAAAAAAUAGUGUGAUUUCAAAAGAUGAAGACUUAAAAGAAUUAUAAUCCUUUUAGAAGCAAUAGUUUUGAUGCAGAUCUCCUUUUUAUAGAAAGUUGUUUAAGCAUUGAUCUGUAGAAAUUGCAUUUUUUGUUCCAUACUUAGAAUUGUCCUUCCCAGAAGGGCUGAACUUUUCUGAUUCUCAAAUACUUAAUUUUUCUAAUAAUGCAGCUCUUGUUUGAGCUCUCUCUGCACUAGUUCUGAUUGGGUUGUUCCUAAUUCCAAAAUUUGGUACUUCUAAAGUGAGUUUCCUCUUCUCCCCUAUCAUGGGUACCCGGACUUUGACGAGACCAUCUAAGGUACUGUUGGUAGACAAUAGGGACCUCUGCCAACACCCUAUUAUUGUGCAUGCUUACUUGAUGAGCUUAUCAAUGACUCUCUUAUGCAUGAUGAGAAGACUAAUGGACAAAUGGUUUACGAAAAUUUCAAACAUGAUGGAUUCUUUCUUUUGGCUUACUUUAGUGGAUUCUCUCUUAUGGGUAGAACUCACAGAUUUUUGCAUCUUGUGUCUUCCAACUCUUUUCAUGUUCGUAAACCAUUCAAAGUUUUGGUUUCUACUUUUAAAAUUUUCCUUCUUUAUUUCCUUCUUGGUUCUAUCACAUUCUUGGAAAUAUUUGGAUGUUUUUGGUUCCUUUGACAGUUGUUAAUCUGUAAGAUUAUUUUUGCAGGUGUUGUGGUCAGUAUGGUAAUGCUUAUCACGACUAUAUUGGUGACAUUAGUUAUGAUUAUGAUAUGAACACCACUUGUGCUAGCUGGACUCUACUUUGUUGUAUUUUUUGUCAUGGAAGGUGUUUAUGUGAGCGCAGUCUGCACUAAGAUCCCUCAGGGAGGUUGGAUAUCUUUUGCUAUUUCCUUUAUCCUUGCCUUCAUUAUGUUCGGGUGGUUCUAUGGAAGACACAGGAAGUUAGAAUACGAGAUGAGCCAUAGGAUAAGAUUAGACAGUCUUGCUGUGCUCUUAUCAGAUCCUGAGAUCCGAAGGGCAUCUGGCCAUAAAGAACAUGAGGUCCUUGCAUAGGGUGACAAUUUUUACUACGCUCAGGUACUCAUUGGUUCCUAAAGUGCCCCAUCAUGAGAGGAUCACUGUCAAGAAACUGAGCCUUCCAGGGUUGUAUGGGUGCACUAUCCACUAUGGGUAUGCAGACUCUAUAAAUCUUGAAGGAAAUGACUUUGUGAAUCAAGUUACUGAUAGCCUGCGAAAACUUACACAGAAAUGCUCAGGUAGUUCACUCUAUGGUCCUCUGUCUAUUGACGAUGAAAUUCAGGAGCUGUUGCAAGCCUUGCAAGUGGGUGUAGUUCAUAUUAAAGGGAAGACAAGAUUACAUGUAAGCAAGAGUUCUAGUUGGUUUGACAAGAUCAUGCUUAGAUUUUAUGAAGUCCUACACAAUAAUUGUAGGUCUGCACUCCCUAAUUUUGGGGUACCUCUUCAACAAUGUAUUGAGGUUGGCAUGCUUUAUGAGGCUUGAAAGAAAUAUAUAUAUAUAUAUAUAUAUAUUUGGUUCUCCUUGCAUUACAAUCAACCUGGAAUGGAUUCGUAUGCUCCAAUUGCGGUCACUCUUCUAAUAAACAUUCUUGACAUGUCCAUUAGAACUUGACAAAAGCUACCAAAUUGGAAAGUGGCAGAUUUGGUGAGGAAGUAUCUAAAUGAUGAAGAUCAAUCAACUCUGACUGCUGCAUUUUGGAUUACCAGAAUUGGUUUGUUUAAACUAAGCAUUUCAGAGGACUAUCUAUGGAGCGACUUGGGUGGUAGUUCGAAGCAUGGGUAAGAUAUGUGUAUGGGUCAUGGAUGAAGUCUUAUAAGCUUUUCUUCAUAGAGAUUGAGGAGGGCUAUCUCUUUCCAAGAUGGCCUAUGAUGGUAGUCUAUGCUCCUAUUAUUUCCCUUCAAUAAUUGACAGUGAUUUACAAAGCUUGGGAGUUUUCAAGGCAGACAUGUCUUUGGGUAUGGAUCCUGCCUUCUCAUCUGACUUGUCAACUGGAACUGGAUACCUUCAAGAUGCCAUUCUUGCAUGGAGCAACCGCUGCAAGAGGAGAAGAAUAUCAUCUUACUCUCAUGAACAAGUGACUGAGUAUUCUAAGCAGAAUUGCUGGAACUCAGAGGAUCAUGAAGACCCAUUUGAGAAAUUUGGCAGCUUUGUACAGAACUAUAAUCUACUUCCAGAAAGAAACCCUUUGCAGAAUUGGGUAAACAGGAUUGACAAAGGAAGGAUGGCUCCCGUGGAGAAGAAGCCUGUAGAACAUGUGCAUCACAAAACCCAGCUUUUUUCUUUGUCUUUCUCUCACAUGGACUCAACAAACAAGGACCCACACCAAAAAAUCGACCCCUCAACCAUAAAGGAUAAUUGUUGUGUAAUGAAGGUGGCCUACCCAUUUGACAUGGUGAAGCCUGGAGGUAUUGAAGGAGACGUGACUCUUGAAGACAUCAAUGAGAGGAUGCUUAUGAGGCCAACCAGGCCAGUUCGGCACCCAGUGGGGGAUUUGGCUUGCCGACCGGUGGCAAUGGCAGGCGGGCUUGGGCUUUCCGGGAAAGCAGUGGUGGCCUUAACCAGAAUCCGGACAAGAGGGAGAGGCACUGUCACCAUUAUCAGGACUAGAGGUUGAACAGAGAGUGAUUGCUUCUCUCUGUCUUUAGGAUUCUGGGGUUUGGUUUCAUGGUUCUGGUUCACGUAGAAUUUUGGGGGUGCUCACAGUUUAUGUGUUUUUUUUUCACCUGGCUCGUCUUCAACGACUCCCCAGCGAUCAUCCAACGGUUGGGAGGGUUUGAUCAUGCAUCUCAACCCUUGCCAACGCCGAGGGAUACAUGUCCAAACACUCCCAGCCUUUAGAUGAUUUGUUAGAGGGUCUGUGGUGUUAGAGACGAUUUUUUCCUUGUUUUUUCGGUUGAACUUUCAGAGUUUAUGUACAAUCUGGGAAUGUAUCAUAUUCAGAUCCAAUCUAAAAACAAACAUCUGUAGUA